UUUCCGUUCUAACUUUCCAGAAUCAAAAGUGCGAUGUGUGGCGAUGGUUUAAAAGUUUCAAAAGUUCUCAAAAGUCACGGUUGACACAAUUUUCGUGUUAUAUUUUGAAACUCCAAAACGACUCCAAAAUGGCAACUACGUUUGCAUGGACUCUGGUGUCUUCGCGCUUUAUAUGGUCGCUUUCUCACAGUACGAAGCGACUGAAUAAUAACAAGUACCGCCGAUCAGACUUUGGUUCUGGUUUAUGAGUGUUUAUUAUGGCGUGUAUGUGUCAGUUAGAUGGUAAAUAAUCGUAAUGGGCCUAGUCACUGGCCAGGCCUCGGUUUUGCGUGAGAGUUGGAGGGGUUCAAAGAGGCACUUCGGUGGUUCAGCUGCAGUCUCCUCCUCUCCUCUCCUCUCCUCUCUGUGGCCGAUUAUCACUGGUAGAAUGUCAAAAAGUGAGGCUGAGGAGAUGAUUGAAAUUGAGAUCGAUGGACAAGAAAAACAAGAAUGUCUAGAAGAAGGGGUCGAGGAGCAGACCAUCACAGCAAGUGAGCUCAUCACUCAGGACAUCGAUAUCAAUGAGCCUGUUGGUAACUUGAAGAAGUUGCUGGAGCCCCGUCUACAGAUUGCUCUGGAUGGAUAUGAUAUUUGUCUGCAGGACAUCCAUCUGCACCCUGACCACAGCCUUUUUGACCAGGGUGUGAAGACUGAUGGCACGGUGCAGCUCAGCAUGCAGAUCAUCACCAAACCAGGUGAAGAGAAGUUGAAUAUACUGGAGAUCGUGAAGCCAGUAGAGACAGUCGAGGUGGUGAUAGAUCCUGACGCAGCUGCAGGAGAGGAGGCUCACUUGGUGGAGGAUGGUCAGGUGAUAGCAGUCGAGCGAGCUGCCAUUGCGGAUGAUACCUCUGAACAGGUGACCCGAUGGGCAGCUGCACUCGAGGGCUACCGCAAGGAGCAGGUCCGACUCAGUAUUCCUUAUGAUCCGGUGCAAUGGACGGCAGAUCAGGUGAUCCACUGGGCAGUAUGGGUGAUGAAGGAGUUCAACAUCGAGGAGAUCGAGGUGGGAGGCAUCCACAUCCCAGGUCGACAGCUGUGUGCCUUCAGCCAAGAGGAGUUUCUCCAGAGAGUGCCCAAUGGAGAGAUCCUGUGGAGCCACCUGGAGCUGCUGCGCAAAUAUGUUUUGGCAAGUCAGGAGCAGGGACAGGAAGCAACAGUCACUAUUGACCAGCCUGUGCAGAUCAUCCCAGCACCUGUACAACAGGCCACACCCACAACCAUUAAGGUGCAGAAGCAUAACAAAGUGCCCCGAGCUCCACGCAUCUCAGGAGAGGAACGCAGUUCCCCUGGCAACCGUACAGGUAAUAAUGGACAAAUUCAGUUAUGGCAGUUCCUCCUGGAGCUGCUGACUGAUAAGGAUGCAAGGGACUGCAUUUCCUGGGUUGGGGAGGAAGGCGAGUUCAAACUCAACCAGCCAGAGCUGGUAGCUCAGAAAUGGGGUCAGAGGAAGAACAAACCCACCAUGAACUAUGAGAAGCUAAGCAGAGCCCUCAGAUACUAUUAUGAUGGAGACAUGAUCAGUAAAGUACAGGGCAAGCGCUUCGUCUACAAAUUUGUUUGUGAUCUGAGAACUCUGAUUGGCUACAGUGCUGCUGAGCUCAACAGCCUGGUGACGGAGUGUGAGCAGAAGAAACUGGCACGGGUACAGCUGCACGGCAUCGGGCAACCCGUCAACACAGUCGCCCUGGCGACGGCUGCAGGACAGCCAGUCACCACCGUCACACUGGCCACCGCUGCCACAUUGGAGAAGGACAGCUGAGUGGGAGGGGCUAUGUGAGACAUGAUGUGGAGAAGGGAAGGGCAAAGCAAAGCAUGGGCAAAGACUUUGGGCAGGACAAGUGCAUUUAUGAAUGGGUGCGUGUGUGUAUGUAUGUAUGUAUGUUUUUAUGUGUGUGUAUAUACACGAAUGAGUGUUAAGGGACAGUAUAGCUGGUCCCGGAAGAGAGUAUGAUUGGGAUUGUGUGUUUGUUUGUGUGAGAGAGAAUGAAAUUACUAAUGACCAUAUUUGAGUUGUGUAUGCUUCUUCUCUGACUGCAGGGUAGCAUUGGCUACAUUUCCAUUGUGUACAUACUCUGUUUUGAUAACCACAACGGCAGUGUAUUUUGAUAUUUUUCCAUUUCUAAAUGAUGCUUUUUUUUUCCUUUUCCUUUUUUUCUUUCUUUCCAAACUUCUGACUCCCUCAGGGUGAGGUACUUUUAACUGUCUACCAGGGGGAAAUAAAGAGAAUUUUUUUUUUUUUGAA